AAUACGUGAAUUUUCCUCGGAACCUCAGUUGCGAACUUUCUUCCAACGUAUCGAUAUCGGCGGCUACGCAACGUUUUGUUGAGGACAGGUUUGCAACGGAAACGGUUUCCAGCACAUAUCAUGGCCCUUGUUCUGAGAGAACUCUACAAAAAUUAUUUAUAUUUUUCCAAUGAAGGGAGAGAUACCAGACUGGAAAACUCCCUUCUUAUGGGAUCGCCAUUGAAGCCCUUGUCAAUUGUGCUUUUCUACCUCUACUUUGUGAAAUCCCUUGGCCCCAGAUUAAUGGAGAAUCGGAAACCAUUUGAGUUGAAGAAUGUUUUGAUUGUAUAUAACUUAUUCCAGGUGAUCGUGAACUGCUACCUCGCUGGUUGGGGAACAGUUAGCCUCUGGGGACGUGAUAUUAGAUGCCUUAAUGUCGACUACAGUCCCAGCGGGAUCAACGAAGCGCGAAUUAGUUAUUGCUACUAUAUGCUUAAAGUAUUCGAUCUCCUAGACACAGUAUUUUUCAUUUUGCGAAAAAGAUACGACCAAGCGUCCUUUCUUCACGUUUACCAUCAUGUUGGUGUGUCGUUAGGUGCAUUUGUGAGCUGCAGUUUCCUUCCGGGAGGACACGCUCUCGGUUUAGGUGUACUCAACUGCUACGUACAUGCCCUCAUGUAUUUCUACUACUUUUUGUCGUGCAUAAAAUCCGAUCUGAAAUCGUCGAUCUGGUGGAAGAAGCAUAUUACACAUAUUCAGAUGAUUCAAUUCGCCAUAUUAUUUAUACAUUUUGGACAUCCACUAGUGUUUGGGAAUUGUCAGUAUCCGAAAUCAUGGCUAGUUGCUCUGUGCGUACAAAAUCUGUUCAUGUUGAUAUUAUUCAGCGAUUUUUAUCAUAAAGCGUAUAUCAGGAAGCGACAAAGUAAAGUGAAUUGAAACAAAUUUUUUUAGAGAAAUAAAAUGCAUUUUUCAAAUA